ACAUCGCCCGCGUGGAGAUCGGACCGCUCACGUACAUACGGCAGGACAAUGAGAGGGUUCUGUUCCCCCCCAUGAGGAUGACCAUGGUACCCCCCCGCCACUACUGUGUGGUGCUCAACCCCGUCGCCUGUGACGACGAGGGCCGGGUCCAGUUCGACCAAUCAGGGCAGGCCAAGCUCCGGCACGCCGACCUGGAGAUCCGCCUCACUCAAGACCCUUUCCCCCUCUACCCAGGAGAAGAGAUUCAACAGGACGUGACGGCGCUCCAGAUCGUCUACCCUGACACGGCUCUGAGGCUGCAGGCGCUGCUGGACUUCAAGGACCUCGGAGGACAGAAGCGUGUGGCUGGAGACGAGUGGCUGUUUGAAGGGCCAGGGACGUACAUCCCCAGGAAGGAGGUGGCGGUGCUGGAGACCAUCAAAGCCACGGUGAUCCGAGAGAACCAGGCCAUCCGGCUCCGUGCCCGCAAGGAGGGAGCAGACAGAGGAGGAACACACAGAGUUACAGGUGAAGAAUGGCAGGUCAGUAAAGUGGGGGCAUAUCUACCUGGAGCUCAUGAGGAGGUCAUCGAUAUCGUCAACGCUUUCAUCCUUACUGACAAGAAAGCACUGCAUGUUCGUGCUCUGCGGCCCUUCCGUGAUGCUGGAGGGCGGGACCGUCGCACUGGGGAGGAGUGGCUUGUUACCAUGGCGGAGCGCGAGGCGCACAUCCCAUCGGUCGCCGAGGAGGUUGUCGGGGUGGUUGACGUGACGACGCUGAGCAGCCGUCAGUACUGCGUGGUGCUGGACCCUGUGGGGGCGGACGGGAAGCCUCAGCUUGGACAGAAGAGAGUGGUCAAGGGCGAGCGUUCGUUCUUCCUGCGUCCGGGCGAGCAGCUGGAGCGGGGGAUUCAGGACGUGUACAUCCUGUCAGAGGACGAGGGGCUGGUUCUCAGGGCCAACGAGGCUUUCAUGGACAUGGAGGAGGAGGGAGAGGAAGAGGAGGAAGAGGACCUGGAGGAAGACAGGCCCGUUACGCGCAGGGGCGGCAUCGCUCGUCGCCCGGGAGACCGCUGGAUGCUGCGCGGGCCGACGGAGUACGUUCCCCCGGCAACCGUGGAGGUGGUGCUCCGACGAGAGGCCAUCCCUCUGGACGAGAACGAGGGCAUCUACGUCCGAGACAUCAAGACUGGCAAGGUGCGCGCUGUGAUUGGUCAGACCUACAUGCUGACCCAGGACCAGGAGCUGUGGGCCAAGACCCUCCCCCCCAACGUGGAGCAGCUGCUGAUGUCAUCAUGUGACCCCCUCUCCGACCGCUCCGACCGCUCCGACCGCCCGCCCCCCCGCCAGCGUGACUGCACCCGUGUGGUCUCGUACCGCGUGCCACACAACGCCGCCGUGCAGGUCUACGACUACCGCGAGAAGAGGGCCAGGUACCAUGGCAACCGCCUCUAGUCUCUCUCUCUCUGUGUCUGUACCAUGGCAACC